GCUGCAGUGAACGGCAGCCGUGGAGAGAGAGACACACACACACACACACACACACACACACAGUGAGGAGGAAAAGCAAGAAAAACAAAGAGUCAGGAGAUAACAAAAGUCGAUAAAAACAGAUUGAGAGAAGGCUCCGGACAAGCUGCGCAUCAAAGGAGGGACCUUAUACCGGGGACCGUAUUUGAGACCAGCGCCAACGAACCGGAGGCGGAAUAUAACGGUGAUCCAGAGCUCCUCGGCCCUCCUGAGGAUUCAGAGAGACAGGCGGACCAUGGCCUUCCCAUCAGCCCCCUCCGCAUUAUGGAGUGUCAGCUUAUUGACAGUACUAUUCGCAGCCGCUGUCCACAGCAACAUUAUCUAUGACGACGACCCCUUGCAGCCGGUGACCUCAGAUGAAACGGUGUCCGUGGGGGGGACGGUGACACUGACCUGCCGAGUGGCCGAGAGCGAUAACUCCUCACUGCAAUGGUCCAACACCGCGCAGCAGACCCUGUACUUUGGAGAGAAGAGAGCGCUCAGAGAUAACCGCAUCCAGCUGCACCACUCCUCUCCCACCGAGCUCUCCAUCAACAUCGGAGAGGUGCAGCUGUCGGACGAAGGCGAGUACACCUGCUCCCUCUUCACCAUGCCCGUCCGCACCGCCCGAGCUACAGUCACCGUGCUAGGUGUGCCCGGCAAACCUCAGAUCUCGGGCUUUGAGAAUGCAGUGUCGGAGGGGAGCAAAGUCACCCUGACCUGCACCAGUACAGGCAGCAAACCCCCCGCCAAGCUGCGCUGGUACCGAGGAGACGAGGAGCUGCCAGGACGUCCACAGAUGGUGCAGCCGGUUCCAGACGAUCCCACGUACAACGUGAGCAGCGAGCUCACCCUGGACGUGAGCCGCGGGGACGACAACACCUUCAUCACCUGCGUCGUCAACCAUCCCUCCCUGACCCAUGGGGACAAGAGGAGCGAACAGGCUCUGGCGGUGUUGUAUUCCCCAGACGUGCAGAUCCUGCCUGAGAGCAAUCUGCCCAGAGAGGGAGAGAAGUUUUAUCUCCAGUGUUCGGGCAAUGGCAACCCCAAGCCUACCACCUUCAUGUGGGAGAAGAAGGAUGAGGAGCUCCCCCCACUGGCCAAAGUGGACGGUGCUUUCUUGCGCUUCGAGAUGCUCAACAAAUCAGACAAUGGCGUCUACCUCUGCCACGCUGACAACGGGAUAGGGAACAACCAGGGGGAGUACACUCUCCUGGUGCAAGCAGCAGACAACAUUGCAGACCCCACAGCCAUGUCGACGUCUUCGGGGGUGGACCACGCCGUGAUCGGAGGGGUGGUGGCUGUUAUCGUCUUCAUCCUGCUCUGCCUCCUCAUUGUCCUCGGCAGAUACCUCAUCAGACACAAAGGAACGUAUCUGACCCACGAGGCAAAGGGCUCGGACGACGCCCCCGACGCCGACACAGCCAUCAUCAACGCCGAGGGAGGCCACUCCGGAGCCGAGGACAAAAAGGAGUACUUCAUCUAGACAGGAGGACGGGAGCCGCAGUGAAGGAAGGAAGGAAGGGAAAUCUGGAGGACAAGGAUUAGAGGAGAUGGGAGGGGUGAAAAAACGCUUCUGUUGGAAGGAUGAUGGGAGGGGAAGAGCUGUGGGCGGGGGAAAAAAGGCGAUGAGUCUUUGCAUUGAUACAGGGAAGUGAGAUUUGCACUGACACACGGACGAACUGAAGAUACACACUCGAACAAACACACACACACGGACUUGAAUGCUCGUAGAUGCUCAGAUUAACACGCGGGAGCCUCCUACUGUACUAACACAUCAUUUCUAACACAUCCUCAACGGUCAGCGCCGCAAAAAAGCUAAAUUGUAACUCACAUUCCAACAUCCAUACCUGUCUCCUUGACAUUUAAACACAUCGUGUCCUCAUUCUCUCCAUCUAACACGUCCGCAUCCCUCUGCAAACACCCAGAGAAAUCCACUCAAGGCGGAAAUAUUACUGACAAACAUAAUCUCCCUCUCUCUCUCUCACAGUUUAAUCUUUUUACGCCAUCAAACCUUUUCCUGCAUCCUCACAAACCCCCGGUACGAGCCGUUGGAUUCCCCACAGCGCUGCACCACGAAACAUGCAACACUCAUGCAUUUCCACCUUGCGCUACCAAGCCGAGGGGCUCCAGUAUACAUAUAUAAAUAUAUAUAUAUAGAAUUAUAUAGCAUUCUUUUUACUUGACAGAAAUGUUUGGUGUGCUGUAAAUACACUCUCUCUCUACAUCUCUCUCUCUACAUCUCUCUCUCUACAUCUCUCUCUCUCUACAUCUCUCUCUUUCCAUCUCCUGUAUCUCAUACAGUCUGUUACUGCAUUACUGUAACUUAUAUACUCAAAAAAAAGCCUGCCUGUUUUUAUUACAUGCGUGGAAAUGCAGAGUCAAAACUAUCAAUAUCUGGGGGAAAAAAUACAUUCAAAUAACGACGAUGAUGUUGCGAUGAAAACUAACCUUAACUGCAAAUCUUUGUACGAGGAAUUUCAUUACUUUAUUUAUUCUGUUGAGUUUUUUGGGACUUAUGAGAGGAUUUUCUCUCGUCAGUGUCUCGGUGUGUUACUGUCAGUGUUAACAGUUUACAGUGUCUUUCGGUGUGUCGGUCCAGGAGUCCAUGCAUCUAAUCAUCUUUCUUUAAUUUCCGCACCAUUUUCUCCCUGCUUUUGUCGGCCCUCUGUUCCCAAACACUGAACUGUAGCAAAACCUCGCUUCAAAUGCAACUUCGAAAGGUGUCAAAGUGUUGGGUGGAGUUUUUUUUCCUGGAGUAUUAUGUGACCCCUGUUGUGGUCUUCCUUUCACUUGGCCCCUCUAAACUCCACCGUCCCUCCCUCUACUGCAGCAGUCUUGGCGUGGCCGCCUGACGCUAAACUCAUUGAGUCCUGACAUCAUGACUUCCUCUAAAGAGCCUGGCGGGGGCUCGCUUAGGGGAGGUGAAAAUACAAACAGGACUGCCUACAUGUAUAAUGACAAACAUCAAAACCCUUUGUGUUAUUGUUUCUUCCAAGCAAGAGUCUUUCCCUUAAAUGAGCAGUGUUUUAUUAAGGUUGGGAGUUCGCUUUGGCGCUGGCCGGCUUCACUUGGCCCGGUCGUGGAAAUUGAUUGCAAUCUAACUAAGAGGCUCCGGGCUCCAGACUGUGCACAUGGCAAGGUUUGGCUCGGUGGGCGCCCGCUGGAGUCCCGGCUGCACUUACGCUGAAGAAAGUCAUUUAGGAAACGUAAAUGUCCCCUUCUCUUUUUUUCUCCACUCGUCCAUUCCUUUUCAUUCUUUAAUCAAUCAUCUCGUCUGCGUCCUGAUCCACCUUCACCCGGUCUCUCCUCAUCACUCCUCCCACCCCUCGGCUCCCCCCCCCCCCCCCCCCCCCCCCCCCCCCCCACCUCUAAACGAUGUCCUUGCUGGUCUCUCAUUUAGGAGUCCAUAGACGUAAAGUAGAAGCAGCGUCUCUCGGUUUGCUGGCCUGCACUCAUGGCUCUCUGCAUCACUUUUUUUGGGGGGGUGUUUUGGAGAGGAAUCCAUUUGCUGUUGUCAGUCUACCAGUACACACUUAUGUUAGAUUUUUGUACAACCUUUCUUGGGAACGUUCAGGGAUUGUGCUUUUCCCUACAUUGUUGUUAUCCGCAACCUAGCUAGCUGCUUUGAAAGUGUGGCUAGUCAAUCUAUAAGCUAGCUAUACCACAAAGGAUAAUGUGAGCUGAAGCAGGGUCAGCUGUUGUGUUUUGUUUUUUCUUUCUAGAGCUCUUAUUUGUUAUUUGGGGAUCUUGUAGUAAAACUUGGCUUCAACUGUGUUCUCUUAAGACUUGUUUGGAGGUGAAACAGAUUUCUGAACACUGUUGAACCCAUGUGAAACCCUUAAACUUUUACCUGCAAUCAUGUCUGCAGACCAGAGGAUAAGCUUUGUCUCACGGAGCUUUACUGUCCACUUUGAAGAGUAAACCCCUUGAUUUGUAUUUAAACCCCCAGUCUAAUUCUGCUCUGCGAAUGGAUAAAAGGAAUACCUGCCUCAUACUCAACAAAGUGUAGUGUCUUUUAAAAACUAAUGGACCUGUAUUUGCCUGUAACUGAUCGUCCUGUCCGUCUUAGUUAAUGUGCUAGCAUGUAGCUUGCAUGAGAAAAAGGUUGUAGAUAGUGUUGGAGACAAGAAGUGCCGACAAGCAUCUCUCCUGAGACGAGUGGCGGGCUGACCUUGCUGCUGUUCUCUGAUCUGCAAACAUACGCCGUGUCCCCGGUUCAAACACCUGCACCUCCUCAACACUGCAGUCCUCUGGAUGAUCACACAUCGAUGAAGCAGGACUCGGUCUUAGGGGUUGGAUGGCGUUGAACUGGGACGUGCAGUCAGUGUAAUCCAUAUUUUACGGCGUCAGUGCAGUAAUGAACUGCUGUCACCAGAUGCCGGCAAACAGCAGCUUCUGUUCUUCAGUCAGACCAAAAUCUCCUGCCCCCCCCCCCCCCCUCCCUCACACCCCCCUCUCCAGGCAGUCGCACACUAGCUGCCAGUCAUCUUUUUAUUUUUGUAGUACGGAAAUUUUUAAAUUAUGUUUUCUAAAAAGGUGUGCAUAAUCUUACGUUGUUUUCUUUUCAGUUGGAUUGAUAAUCAUUUUUAGUCUUUUCCCCCAAAUCUUGGGUGUUAGUUAUUCGCAUUUUAUUGUUUCAACAACCAUUUUUACUUUAAUUUGAUGUAUAUAGCGUUGCCUUUACUGGAUACUCUUACAAGCGCACCCAUACACACUUUUCACUUUGGGUUCAUGCACAUCCACACACAUAUCUGGAUAUGCACGGCAGGCAUGGUUUCUGUGACUCUGGUGUAUUUGUGCAUAUGUGUGUGUAUGUGUGUUUGUGUAUGAGUGUGAGGUGUGUAGUAUUUGACCCAAACAGACUCCGGAGACACUCCUAUGUGCGAUGCGUUCACACAAAUGUUAUUAUUUCGAUGACUAAAACAGCGUCUUUGUUUUUAGGGCGUUUUAUUUUGGAUGACAAGUCUUCCUUUUGAAUAAAUAUCCAUAUCACAUGGGAAUAGUGCUGUCAUGUAUGUUAAUUUGUACUAUGGCUGAUGAUGUCAUCAAGGCGAGACCCAACCGCAUGCUGUGGUGGGCCUGCGUCUGUUGGAUGUUCAUACAGUAUUUGUUUGAUUUGUUUUGUUUUUUUUGUUAAAAUACCAGUUGAGUUGUUGACUUCAAUAAACAUGCAUUUGGGUUAA